ACGGUCUCCAGUACACCUAAAACGUUGGUGACUUUCAAACUUCAGAAUCCAUCCAUAGUGCAUCGUUUAUGUUGUUGGUGCACUGUAAUAAGUGAAAACUACCUACAAAUUUGAGUACCUUUUGAAAAACGUUUAUUCCGACCAUAUCACGUCCCCCGCCAUUUGCACCACAAGACAAGCGUGCAGGCUGCAUGCCCUAUCAAAAUAGAAAUUGUUCACACAUGCACCUAUUUCUUACAUUGUUUCUGCUGUUAUUGUCAUUUUUAUGUUUUGACUCCAUGCCUGUAAAGUCUGUGACCUCAAACAGUGGGACAUAUUGGGCUUUCGAUCCGGAGUAUGACGUUGCAGAAGGUCUCCAAGGUGAAGAUGAUAAACCGGAACAAAUAGACUACACCCACCCGUCAAUAAAGGAUCGGAUCAGAGAACAAGCUACCGCGAUAUUUAGAGAUGAGAAAGCUUUAAAAAGCCUGAUGGAAAAGAUGCGAUCGUACUAUUUGCUUUAUGGCAGACCACGGUACGGAUGAAACCUUAUGGGGGACUGGCAAGAUGAUGUCAUUAAGUGGCUAUAUUUUGCAAAUUAAACACGUGUUGU